AUUUUCUGAGAACGAAGUCAAACAAACACGAGAGGAGCGAUCUCUGAGAAGAGGAAGAAAGCGAAAGGAUCUUCCAUGGGCGAUCUCUGAGAUUCCCACGAACCUAACACAAAAAUCCAUCUGGUAAUUUCAAUCGAGAUUUUCUUAGAGCAUCUGAUCUGGGAAGCUCGUUCUUCUUAAGUCGCGCUUUUAUCAACUUUAGGGGAUCAUCACCUUCGUCCAGAUUUCAAUCGGGUGAAGGGGGUUUUUUUUUUCUCGAGAAAGUUUGAAAUGGUGCUGGUAUUGGCAUUGGGGGAUCUCCAUGUACCCCAUAGAGCGGCUGAUUUACCCCCAAAGUUCAAAUCGAUGCUUGUCCCUGGGAAGAUUCAACACAUCAUCUGCACUGGAAAUCUCUGCAUCAAAGAAAUACAUGACUACUUGAAGACUAUCUGCCCUGAUUUGCAUAUAGUUCGAGGGGAGUUUGACGAAGAUGCACGAUACCCUGAGAACAAAACCUUGACUAUCGGGCAAUUCAAGCUGGGACUGUGCCACGGCCACCAGGUGAUUCCAUGGGGUGAUUUAGAUUCACUAGCCAUGCUUCAAAGACAACUCGACGUGGACAUACUUGUAACAGGCCAUACCCACCAGUUCACAGCCUACAAACACGAGGGAGGAGUCGUGAUAAACCCGGGCUCUGCAACCGGAGCUUAUAGCAGCAUAAACCAAGAGGUUAACCCGAGCUUUGUUCUUAUGGAUAUCGAUGGUCUUCGAGUUGUGGUCUAUGUCUAUGAGCUCAUCGAUGGAGAGGUUAAAGUCGACAAGAUCGAUUUCAAGAAGACAUCCACUUCCAACUCUGCUCCUUAGUGCGUAUUUAACAACCUGAACCCGUUUUAUGUUUUCGUCUGGAAAUCACAAUUGAAAUUUGGAACUUUCUGUAGCUUUCUUGUGAAAAUAAUCUUUAAAGAUUUGGGAGUUUGACCACUGAGAACAAUGUUUUGCAAGUCUCUUGAAGUUUAUAGACUUUGGUUCAAGUGUGUACAGA